AGUAUAUUAUACCAUCUCUAAUUUCUAUCUAGAAGACGCAGUUGUUGUUGAUUCACACUAAUUAUUAAAUAGCAAAAGGGACCAACUCGUGCAAUGUUUUCUAUUUUCGGAAAGCGGAAGCCUGCUGAAACACCCACAGAGGAUCCCAUUCAGGGCCCCUUAGACGGUCCAAGACCCGGCAGCAGCGCUGGCGAUGAUUUCGUUAUAAUUGAGCGUAAACCUGCUGUGGACCCGAAUCCUCUUGCUCCUGGAACCAUGUACCCGCCCAUGCCACCAGCAGGGUAUGGUGCCCUGCCAUAUCCAAUGCUUGGCCCAAGGGCCGGACAGUCACCUGCGAAAUUGCCAGGAGGCACCCAAGGACCCGUCAACUACCUGCAGGACAUUCCCUUCGAGCUGGCGCCCGGGCUAGCCGGCAAGGAUAGCUACGCCAGCACCCAGAUGCAAGUGGACAGCAUUCUGGCGCUGCUCACACGUCAAAUGUCCAUGGACGAACUGGCUGAGGAGUACACGUUCGCCUUGGAACGCUCUGUCCAGAACGAGUCUUAAUAGUUAAAAAUUCCCUGUAUGUUAACAAACGUUGCCUAUUUAAUUGUAAACUUGCCUGUGUCGCAGAUAUGUAUAAAAUGUAUCCAAUAAAAUUUUGUAUUGUUACUCCACUA